AUGAAAUACCUAUUGAAAGCGCACAGGUUUAAUUAUGAAAAGCACUCUGUGGCCUUGCCUAUAUCUUAUGAAAAGAACAUUGCCUUUAUGAGAAAGAAAGACACAGGACACACCUAUGAAAGGCCUUUCAUACAACUUGUGGACUUAUACACACAGCUCUACAGGCAAGUGCCUUAGUUUUAUGAUAAAGGUGGUAGCCACUUGUG